UGCUGCCGUUGCACCUUGUGUGCACUUAUUUCUUCUGUUUUUCUUUUUUCUUUUCAAUUUGAAUCGAAAAUAUGUUUCGCCAAACUAUCCCAACUUUGAAGAAAUGUAGGUCUUUUCAAUGACUCUAUGAAUUUUCAGCAACAGCAACAGCUUCAACAACAACGACUUUUUGGUAGUUUGGUUUCAGCAAAAGAUCUUAAAACUGCUUUAGGCAGCGUCAAGAUUUUGGAUGGUUCCUGGCAUAUGCCAAACACGAACCGUGAUCCUUAUCAAGAGUUUUUGCAAAAGAGGAUAGCUGGUAGUCAAUUUUUCGGUAUAGAUACCAUUAAAGAUACUUCCACCGAUUUGCCACAUAUGUUGCCUUCGCCAGAGAAAUUCUCAACUGCUGUAGGUAAAAUGGGAAUUGACGAAAAUGAUCAUGUUGUUGUUUAUGACACUGCUGGUGUAUUUUCAGCCUGCAGAGUCUAUUGGACUUUCAAAGUGUUUGGUCAUCAAUCUAUUUCAGUCUUAAAUGGCGGUUUACCGGCUUGGGAAGAUAUUGCAGGACCCAUUGAAACGAACACAACACCGGCUCCUGUCGAACCAAAGACAUACAAAGUGCCCACAAUUGACAGAAGCCUUGUAAGAGAUUAUCAGGCUGUUUUGGAGAAUGCACGAAAUAUCCAAAAUGGUGCUCAGAACGGUGCUCAGGUAUUGGACGCGCGUCCUUAUGCUCGGUUCACGGGUGAAGCCCCUGAACCUCGAGAAGGAUUGAGCUCGGGACAUAUGCCGGGAUCUAUUAGCGUCCCCUUCAACGAGGUGAUCCAAGAUGGGAAGUUGUUGGAUGAGAAUAAACUGAGGGAGGUUUUUGAAGCGAAAGGUGUAGAUAUUUCUAAGGAUAUUAUUACGAGUUGUGGAAGUGGUAUUACAGCAUCUAUUCUCUACCUUGCACUGGAGAGAAUCGGCGCUCGUCAUUUAGCAGUUUAUGAUGGUAGCUGGACCGAAUAUGCUGGAAUGCAAGACAGUAUUAUCGUAAAGAAGCAAUAAGACCAUUUUAUGCAAUAAAAAAAAAAUUGGGAUUCUUUGCAUUAUUUUCAAAAAAAUAGUCCACUUCCUUUUUUCCAAGA